AUGGCUCCCUCUGACUUGUCAAGAAUACAAGCGUCGGCCAUCGAUGGCCGCAUGCACACAAUCUACCACAGACAAGAACAGCUCGAGAGACUCUGCAAAUCUCUUGUGGACCACGUCAACGAGAUAAAAGAAGCCAUAUCCGCCGACUAUGGCUACUCGCCUGCCGAAGUCGCUGUAGAGUACCAUCUAGUUCUGACAGCAGUGAAGAAGUACUAUGGACUGCUCAAACCCAAAGAGGUCCACGAGGAGGAGUAUCUUAUCGCCAAUGGCAAGGACGCUGCGGAUCGCAGAGUACCUGCUGGUAUUAUCUAUAUCGAACCGACACUACAUACGACGUUCUAUUCGGUGGUAGUCCCCUUGGCGGCGGCAUUCGCUGCUGGGAAUUGUGCGAUCGUGCUGCUAGAGAACAAUCACCGGACACUUUCGCGACUCUUGAGACAACUCCUGACCGAAGCUCUCGACGCCGAUGUGUUUGCCGUUGCGAGCUCGCCGAUCAAAGACGAAACUCUCUUGAGCAAUGCAGUCUGCGUUCUGCAGAACGGGGUCCAGAACGAGCAGCCCAGAAUGAAUCAACUCACGCACUUCGAACAAGCACAUGUUGUCGCAGUGGUUGAUCGCACAGCCGACGUUCAGACAGCCGCAAGGGAAUUGGUCGCCGCGAGAUUCAGCUUCAGGGGUAGCAGUCCGUAUGCCCCCGACGUUGUCCUUGUAAAUGAAUUCAGAAAGAAAGAUUUCCUUCAAGCCGUAAUCGGCGAGUGCAUCAACCUGGGCAGCGGAGUGGAAAUGAAUGGACAGAUCAAAGGGAAAACACCAUCAUCCAAUUUGGUCAACGAACGUUUAAGCAGUCUGGAAAAGCUUGAUCCAGAACUUCGAACAAUCAUCCAAGAAGCUAAAUUCGCCGUAGUCGAUGUCACCUCAAGAGACCCCCUACUUCAGCAGAGGAUGACAGCCCCUAUCUUGGCAGUCCACGCAGUGAAAAGCCUCGACGACGCGAUCGACCUCAUUGGCAGCCGAUCAGAGAAGCCAUCACUCGCAGCAUACCAUUUUGGCAGUCCUGCAGCCGGCAAAUACCUAUCGCAGUUUGUGAACGCAAAUAUCUCGGCCAUAAACCACAUCCCACGAGAGCUCCUUGUCGGUCCAGCAUUCCCCAUCGGCCAGCCAGUUGACCUCACCGAUCGAUACCCACUGGAUCUGUUUACGGUACCGAGGCCGGCAUACAUCAAUUCUCUGAAGACCGCAGAAGAACUUUCGAAAGCUUUGAUCGGUUCGAAUAAUCCGACAGCACAGAAGCUGUUGGCGGAUGCUACGAAGCCGCUUGUCGAGUUGAAGAGGCAUCCGGGUGGAAGCAUGGGAUUCUUUGAGGUGGGCUUUUUGAUGAAUGCUGGAAUUAUCUUGGCUAGUACUUUGACGGUGUCUGCUACGGGGUUGGUUUGGUGGUGGAGGUACACAAGGCCGAUUUGA